AUGGGAACGGCUUGCAAAAACGCAGGAAAUUUAGAUGCUUCCGACGAGGAUGAUCUCGAAAUAAACGUCGACGACGAUUCGCGUUGCGGAAGCGAUGUCGAGAGUGCAAACGGACUGGAAAAAAUUCACGGUUCCGUUGAAAAACAUUUCGGGUACUACCGGAACGAUAGGAAAUUUAUAAAAAACAACUGUGAUAUUAACGGUUACGUUUCCGAUCACAACAGAAACAAAACGACGAAAACGAUAAAUAAUAAAUCGGUGUCGGACGACGACGACGACGACGACGACGAAAACGAAAAACGUUACGAUAAAAUCCGACGUCACUACAACAAACAAGCGGAAAACAUAAUUCGGGGUUACAACGGUGAAAAUAAUAAUAAUAAUAAUAAUUUUCAAAGGGCGCGUAAUUGCGGAAAUGGUAAAACGGAAUCGAACAGUGACGAAAAUCAAAGUGAAUACGAGGACGUAGGUUCGCGUUCGAAUUCGCCAAAAACAUACAUUCCCAGUUUGAUGAGGGAUAAAUCGAACGAAAGGAGUGAGUCUAGUUCGCCGUUGGAAACGUCGACCGCGAGUAGUGCAGUGUUACCAUUCAGCAUUUCGAGGUUGCUCAGCCGUGAGAAAAGACACUCGGAAGAUGACGAUAGGCAUUCGGAUAGGAGUACUCCGAGUCCUAAAAAAUCACUCGCGGACGAAAACAACAGGACCGCAGAAGGUUUCGACGAUUCCGCUCUCGGUCUUUAUCCUCAUCCUGCCAUCGUUCAAUUUGCUGCCGGAGGUUUGAACGCGGCUUCGACUCGCAUGCCGGGUUUCCUAUACAACACGUCGGCUGGAGUCAUACGGGUUCCCGCACACAGGCCUCCGGUUCCGGGUGGUAUAUCCGCACCGCCGGCUGCGUUUGCGUCGCAAGUUGUUAAAGAACGUUUAUCCGCAACGUUUCCAAUGACUAGGAGAAUAGGACACCCGUAUCAGAAUAGAACGCCGCCGAAACGGAAAAAACCAAGGACGUCAUUUACGAGAUUACAAAUAGCUGAAUUGGAAAAAAAAUUUCACAAACAAAAAUAUUUAGCAUCCGCGGAAAGAGCUUCGCUAGCGAAAACGUUAAAAAUGACGGAUGCUCAAGUGAAAACGUGGUUUCAGAACAGGAGAACAAAAUGGAGGAGGCAAACGGCCGAAGAACGGGAAGCCGAACGUCAAGCAGCAAAUCGUUUGAUGAUGUCACUUCAAGCGGAAGCAUUAAGCAAAGGUAUAUACCAUUCGGAAAGGUCGCCGGCUGUACCAGUACCCGGUCCGGGUUCUUCCGGUGAUAACACGAGCCUGAACGCUUUACAAAAUCUUCAACCCUGGGCGGGAAACGGUUCCGUUCCACCCCCGCCUCCUCCGCCAUCUCAUUACUCAAUGAAUCCGCCACCGUUGGCAUCGCCGAUAUGCUAA